CUUUAAUAAACCUAGUCUUUUCGCGCGCGCCAGUCGGACUCUCGGUAAGGUAAACGGCGAGAAACAAACAAGUGGACAAUAAUUUCCCACAGGUCUCUAAAGGUUUCUAAAAUCCUAGACCUCAACUCUCCGCCACUUCCAAAACUUGCUUCCAAAAGCAGCGGCACAGAGAUUUUGUCCCUCUCUCACUCGAACCACCUUCGCAGAACCAGCGAUAGCUCAACUAGGGCGCAAGCGCUUUGAAUAUCCUCUUCUCCUACUGCUGAGGCAAGAUUACAACGGCUUUUUUGAGUCUCCUUUCACCAUGAUCAAACCUGAACACCGGUUCAUAUCUGAAGGUCAGGGCUACUUUGGCUCGCACGAAAACCCCAAAACCGAAACCCAUUGCAAUGUCUGGGACUGGGACCAACUGCGUAUGAUUAAGAUCAAAGGCACCGCCAAGCUCUUUCCGCCUGAAGUGGACAGAGAGGCUCCAAUUCUGGCGCAGUUUGCUGAUUACCUGUCGCCGGAAGUUCGCGCAGUCACAGUUGAUGAGGACGGCCUCCUUUCUGGAAUCUCUACGGAUCCGAUAGAGGAUGACACUAUGUUUGUUCCAUAUCUUCAUGUCUCGACCUUUGGAUCACUCGCCGCAUGUCGUACAAUCCAGUACUCCAAACUUCAAGAGCUCGAUCGACUUGGGCCAGGUGUGGAUCUCUCGUCAUACAAAGAUGAGUCCGGAAUCCCCAAAAUGGUUGCCUUCAAAUUCAAUCCCUGGGGGAAGACUGUUAGACUCCACAUGAGUUGGGAUGAGAUUAACCUUCUCGAACGUCUGCCGCCGCAUCCUAACAUAUUACCAUUUGAUCGCGUUGUCCUGGAUGACGUGGAGUCUCGGGUGAUUGGAUUCACAACAAAGUACAUUCCGGGUGGAACUCUCGAAAAUCUAAAGGUCCCUUUUCGACUGGAAUGGAUGCGACAGCUCCUUCAAGUCGUGGACUUCCUGAACUUAGAAUUGGGAAUUAUGCAUCAAGACAUUGCACCCCGAAAUCUACUCGUCGACCCUGACACACAUGAGGUCCUUCUCUUCGACUUCGAUAUGGCCGCAUGCGGAAAGAAAGGCUUGCGAGAUGGUCGAGAUGACGUGGCCGGUGUCGUUUUCACCCUUUAUGAAAUCAUCACGAACGAUACACACUUUACGAGUAUCCCCCACUGGGAACGAACAAUGGACACAGUGCAAAACAUCCCAGUGUGGACCUGUAAUCGCGAACUGGACUCUGAUGUAUCAGCUUUCCGCAACUUAUUGAAUGAAUGGGUAGCGACACGAAAAUCCAAAGGGGACAUAGAACGAUAUCUCAAUGCACCCAACCGGCUUACAUGGCCGGACCUACCAACAUCGCCCGACUAUAAUGUGCGAUUCGAGCAUGGCAAAACUGUGGAUGGAGAAUCGAUUUGGGUAACGGGUCCGCGGAUGAGACGCACUGCACUGGAGAUAGGUCAGUACUGCUUUCGCUGGGAGAGGCCACCACAGAGCAGACUAUUGAAGGGUGAAAGUAGCGUGCGAUAGGUUGUUUAAGGAAGGCAGCUUCAACCAUACCGAAUCAAGAUUAGAUUUAGUAGGCUGCGUCUGCUUCAAUCCUCUCUCCGCCAUCGUCAGCACUUUCUUUUUCAACAAUGCUUGUAUACUGUCCAUAUAGUUGGGUAGGAAAUCGAGCUGUCUAAGUACUGUGACAGCUGAUUCUGGAAUACGAACUGCACGCAAGCACAAAGGCUAGACUUCUCGAACAGAGAAAUAUUGGUGCAGCUUGAUAAGUUCGUCAGAGUCGUAGCUUUGGAGUUUCUCUAGAUGUCGUGUCAAGGCUGGCCUACAAGAAGUUCGACAUUGUGUCGCUGUAGACAUAGCGUAUACAAUAUCUAUUUGGCCAGUUUGUGUGCUCCGAACCUCUUCGAUGUUUUGCGCAAUACCUACAAAAGAUAGUGUUCGCCCAGUAAUCAAUAGACAAAGAAUGACAUCCCUGACAAUCUGCG